AGUCACCUGUGCAGUUGAUUUCUUGUGCUCGAAAAUAAUAGCCCAGUCAAGAGAGCUCAGCAGAAAAGACCAAGAGGAACGGGGGGGGUAGCAGGGUAAAUGUCUUGAAAGAGGGGAGGGGGAGAGGAGUCCCAGUGGGUUCGGGGAGAGAGAGAGACUCACAGGGAGAGGCAGCACCUGAGAGGGAGUGAGCACCUCCCGACUCCAGAGGUUCUGACGAGACGAGGAGAGACAGGGCAGAGCGCACAGAGAGGAAGGCAGUUGAGCUCGGCUCCGCGCAGCGCUGGCGGCUGGGGAGAGAGGAACUUAAGCACUAAUCCAGGUGUGGAGCACAGGAGCUGCUGCCAGAGUACAGCUCUUUCUGCGCUUCCUGCUCCAGGACUCGUCCUGAGGAGGAACAACCUUCUCCCUGUCUGGUCUGCUCUGCUCUGGGUCCCCUUUCUGAAGUGAAGGUUUAAUUGUCACUGGUUGUACUGGGCAGUUAUUCCACCACCUGUGGAAGGAUCCGAGUUUCCCUCUUUACCAGCAGGAGACACGAUGGAGUGAGGAAGAGCCAUGUCUCCCCUGGGAACCCACCCCCUCCAUGCCGGAGCUGCCCUGGGCCUGCUGCUGGCGCUGCCCCUCGUCCUGCGGGCCUGCCCCCAGCCCUGCAGCUGUCCAGGGCCCAGGGAGGUGCACUGCACCUUCCGCCAUCUGGCCUCCCCGCCGGCCGGCCUCCCGCGCGACUCCGAGCGCGUCAACCUGGGCUACAACAAUAUCCAGGGUGUGGGCGUCUUGGAGUUCACAGCCCUUAGUCGCCUGGAGUUGCUGAUGCUUCAUGGAAACAGCAUUGACUCUGUGUCUCCAGGGGCCUUCAGUGAUCUCCAUUCCCUGCAGAUCCUGAAGCUGAGCUACAAUAAACUGAAAAGGCUCAGCCCUGGCAUGUUCCAAGGGCUCUCCGGCCUCGUCCGCCUCUACCUGGACCACAACACCAUCGCGUUUGUCGAGCCUUUCAGCUUCAGUGGUCUGACAGCACUCAAGCUGCUGCAGCUGGAGGGGAACCAGCUCAGGGACGUUCACCCUCACACUUUCAUGACCCUCUCCUUCCUGGGGAGUUUCUGGAGUUCCAGCCUCCGUCACCUUUACCUCGCAGACAACAGCCUUGAGUCCCUCCUGCCUGGGACUCUGCAGCACCUGGACAAACUGGAGGUGCUCUAUCUCCAUGGCAACCCCUGGACAUGUGACUGCCAGAUGCGCUGGCUCUUAGAGUGGAACAAGAAGAGAGAAGGGGUGAUUAAAUGCAAGAAAGAACGGGACUCUGGAGGCAGCGAACUCUGCUCUCUCUGCUCCACACCUCAGCACCUGAACAGCUCACAAGUCUUCCUGCUUUCUCCUGAAGAGCUCUUAUGUGACAGACCAGCACUCCAGUCACCAAUGAAGCUAAAGGAAAGUUUCAGCUGGGAGGACCCAGAGCCUGAGUCCCCUGUGGUCCAGGACUUUGACCCAGCCCUUGGACAGCUCACUUUCAUGCUGUCAGACAACCAGGAGAAUGUGGCGCAUGUUGGCUGUGUUGUGAAACAUCCAGGCGAAGGCACAUCUCUUGUCUGGGAGAAUCUGAGUGUGCCAGGGCAGGUGGCGGUCAAUGUGACUCUGAUAACUUUAUUGGAAUGCGAGAUUGAAAAGGAUGAGCUCCAGAAACUCUGGAGACUUAUCGCCUAUUACUACGAGAGCCCAGCAAUCCUGGAGAGAGGCCUUGAGCAAAAGAACACUUCCAGAACAGCUUUUCAAUACUCUCAAGUUUCUAAUGAGGAUUCACCAUACUUCACAGAACUCAAGGGACAUUUGCUUGCUGAGCCAGAAUGGCUGCUACAGCCCAGGGUAACUCUGCAACUAAACAGACACAAGACUACUACCAAGAAACUUGUACUCAACUACUCCACCUUCAUCUCCGACCACAUUACUAGCUGGGGGCCGCACAGGACCUGGGUGCUGAUACACAGGGGGCACGUGGAUAGGGUGCAGACAGUUUUGGAGGGAUCCAAAGCCACUCUGGUGUGUAAAGCAGAGAGUUCUGGAGAAGCCACCUUCGAGUGGAUGCUGCCAGAUUUAUCAACAGCAAACAGUUCUCAUACUAGGCUGGUGGCCUCAGAUAAAGGCAAACUAAUUAUAAGCCCCACGGUAGUUUCUGACUCUGGGCUUUACCACUGCCUUGUACGGACUGAGGAUGAAGUGGAUUUGGUGUCCUUCAGGCUAAUAGUGAGGGAGCAGCUGCUCAGUCCAGAUAGUCUAAAUGGGCAGCAGGUGUCAGUGCACAGUGGACACUCACUCACACUUCCUUGCUCUGUCUCUUCCGUCCCUCCCAGCAGAGUCGCCUGGUACCUGCCCACAAGUCACAUCCUGCUCCCUUCUCCUCCAAGCGGGAGGGUUUACAUGUCCACCAACGGCAGCCUGGUUAUAACAAAGGCAUCACAAGAGGAUGCUGGAGAAUACAGCUGUUUGGCCGGCAACCUCUAUGGAGCAGACAUGCUUUCACAUCUUGUUUUAGUCAAAGAGAAAGUGGAUUUAGUUCCACCUAGACUUGGAGGUACUGGAAAAGAGUCAACAGGUGGCAUUUCUUACAAGAGGUACCAGGCAACACAGGUAGAGGAAGAGGAAGGAUCAGGUGGUCUAGAGGUUGAGAUUAGUGGGCCAGAUCCUAUUAGGGUACAGGACAAGACCCGUUUACAGCAUGCAAGCUCUAGGGGAAAUUCCAACCGAAACAGCAAGGCAAAGAAGGUGUGGGAGGGUAAGAGGAGAAAUAACUUGUCUGUGAAGGAACUGGAUCCAAAACGCUGGGCUCAGAUACUUGCUAAAGCUCAUAGGAAAGUCCCUGACACUACAACAACAACCACUCCUGAAGGAGAUGAUGGUUCAUGGCUUUUAGCAACUUCUGUACCAUCAGUGAAUACAGAAAAGACAUUAGAAUCUGCAAAAAACAAACUGGAACUCUUGCAAACAACACCAACACAACCAAUACAGCCAACACAGGAUUCUCCUAUACAUGUUUAUGUUGAGAGAGAAAAAUCAAGUAUUCCUAUUAGACUUUUGGUACUAUCUGAAUCCAUUACAAAAAAUCCAGAUAAAAACCCCUUUGCAAAACCUAAUCCUCAAGAGGUGGCACAGCCUACCAAACCAAAGCCGAGAGUCCAGGCAGUUGAGAAGACCACAGCCGAUGAAACACAUGGGCGAACACCCCUUUACAGACGCAGGAGACCACAGCAUAGAAUUCGCCCGAAUGGUUCAUCCCAAAAUCCUUCUUUCCCUUCCUUUACAAGACUAAACUUUAGACCAGGCAACACGGACUAUACUCCAGCAAAUCAAAAGGGAGACUACACUACUACUUCAAGAUAUAGUAACUCAACUCAAAGCACAGACAAAAAUGAAAAUUCAACUGAUUCAAACCCAUCGGUACAUUACAAUAUUAACAAGGACUACACUAUGGUUACAACCACCCAGCCACUACCUGUAACCAUGAAGACCAUGCCAUCCUCUGUAGAGUACAAGAAAUAUCUCUCUGCUGCAGAACACAGUGGAUCACCUUAUAAUAUGACACCAGCUUUCACAAGAAGUCCAGCAAUGUCUACAUCUACAGAACAGAUAAGUAGCUCCACAAUCAUUUUAGGUCACAAAUUUACAAGUAUCCAACCUAAUAUACAAAAUACACCUUGGACUUCCGAGAAUCGAAAUUUACAGAGAUUAAUGUUUGAAACAGCUGAAAGAACUGUUCCACAGUCAACCACAAGUGAGAGUGUACAUUCCCUGACUACCAUGCAGUGGAGGGCUACAGUCCCACCAAGUUUUAUAUUGCUGCAGACUAUACCUACUACACAUACUGACAGUCUUUUCAGUAAACCAAAGAUCAACCACAUCCUGUCCCAGAGUCCUUCAUCCCCCUUGGUCUCUACAGUCUCUACAGAAGCAACACAUUUGGUCAAACCCAGCCUUUCAAAGUGGAAUGCAUUUUUUCCAAUAACCCAGUCACCGUUAAUCACCCCUGAAAAGGCACUGAUGCAAACCGUAGGCUCAAAUUCCAGGAGUCCAAGUGGGCCAUAUGAGAAGGGUGACAAUAGAGGACUAUUCUUCAACCAGCCAGCUAACACGCACAAAGACUUGUCACAGACGAUCAGAAGGAAAGGGAAUUCCUUCAGAGGACAAACUGAGAGCCUUUCAAAGGUCAAAGACAAGACCCCCUGGCUGCUUCAGCCACACAGUCAGAAAAGGUUUCAAGCACCACCUACACACUGGCCUUCCACCACCACCUUCUCUGGGCCAGUCCGUAACCUGGCACCAGGAAAGCCUCCAGUUCAUGGCCCAUGGCAAUACUAUCCCUUCCCUAACCGGGCCUGGCCCUUCCAUUACCCCUGGGGCAGAGGUUUUGUGGUUACCAACCGUCCUGAAAUCACAGCACUGACUGCCAAGCCUACACUUUCUGUCUCUCUAACAUCCUCCCCACUGCAGAACACAUCCACUAACCCAGCCUUCAAGCUACAAGUCACCAACUCGGGCACCAGAAGCAGGGACUUUCUGCUGCUGUCCAAGCUGCGGGACAGGUAUAGGCACCCAUACCUUGACCCCAGCUUUCUUUCACAACUGAGGCGAAGUGCCACCAAGCCUCCGAAGGUCACAGCUCUCACCUCGCGGCCUCAUCAGGCUCCCACCUCAUCAAAAAGCCACAGCCCCAUCACGCCAGCUUCCCCAUCCCUGCUGUCACCCACUAACAAGCCUUCCUCCACUGCAAGCGUUCUAUUUGGCAGCCGGUGGCAUUAUAACCAUGGGGCUCCUAGGAAAUUAAGCACAGCCCUGCCGUUUCCCAACCUGAUGGGCAGCGGGGUGAAGCCAAGAAUCGCGUCUGUGAACUUAGUCAGCUUAUCUGUCCUGGCGGAGGAAGAUGUGUUCUUGCCCUGCGAGUCCUCAGGCGACCCCAAACCCUCAGUGUCCUGGACCAAAGUCUCCACAGGUGCUACUAUUCAAGCCAACACAAGGCAUGGCCAGAGGUUUGAAGUUUUAGAGAAUGGCACAUUUGUAAUUAAGAAUGUUCAGCUGCAGGACAGAGGCCAGUAUCUCUGCACAGCACAGAACGCAUUUGGGUCAGACAGGGUGGUUGUUACCCUUGCAGUAUUGACCCAACCGCCAAGAAUUCUGCCUCCGAAAUCUGCAGAGGUUUCUGUGUAUGUGGGACGUUCUGCAAACCUGGACUGCAUGGCAGCGGGGAAGCCUCAGGCCCAGAUCUCCUGGAUUCUGCCAGACAGGACGUUUGUGCGGAAUGUGGGCCUCGUUGACAUUAGAGUCACGCUGCUCCUCAAUGGCACAUUAAGGAUCCAGGCGGCCAACUUCUCCAGUAAAGGAGACUAUAAGUGCAUCGCCAGCAAUGCAGCUGGUGCAGACACAGUAACCUACCACCUCCAUGUCGUGGCAUUACCACCCUCUAUCUACGAGGGGGCCUCCGAAAAUGUUGUUCUCCCCAUAGGGCGCAGUGUGUAUGUCCACUGCACAGCCAGGGGGGAACCCCAGCCCAGCCUCAAGUGGACAACGCCAGGGGGCAUGCAGAUUAAGCCCUCACAGUUCCUGGGAGGCAGGCUCUUUGUCUUCCCCAAUGGGACACUGUACGUGAAGAACGUUUCGCCGGCUGAGGCCGGGAAGUACGAGUGCUCGGCCGCCAACACUGUGGGGACCACCAGCAGAGUGGUGCAACUGGUUGUCAAGGAGGCCGGCAGCCUCAGGCAUGCCCCUUCCCAGCAGCACAAAGUGGCAGCCACCUACGGCUCCACAGUGUACCUGCACUGCCCAGAGUCUGCCAGCACACAGCCUGGGGCCCUCUGGAGACUCCCUGCCAAGACCCUGGUGGACCACCGCCACAGCCCCCUCAGACAUGUUUCCGCAUUCCCUAAUGGGACGCUCCGGAUCCAGCUGCUGACCGAACAGGACGGCGGAGAUUACCUCUGCAUGUACCGGAGACCCAAUGGGGACGACCUCGAGCUCUUCCAGCUGGAGGUCCUUAUGAAGCCACCGAAGAUCAAGCACAGGGGCACUGUCCACAAGAAAGUCGGCUAUGGGGAAAACUUCCGAGUGGACUGUGUCGCGUCGGGGCUUCCAGAUCCCGAGGUCACAUGGAGCCUGCCGGAUGGCACCGUGAUCAGCAAUGCUCUCCAGUCCGAUGACAGCGGGGCCCGAUCUCGUCGCUAUGUCAUAUUUGGCAACGGGACCCUCCUGCUCCAGCAGAUGGAGAUGAGGGACGAGGGGGAUUACACAUGCUAUGCAGAGAAUAGGCUGGGGAAGGACGAGAUGAAGGUAAGAGUCAGGGUGGUCCCAGAGUCUCCCAGGAUCCUAUCCAAGGAGCAGGUUUCCCUCUGGGGCAAGCCUGGUGAGCCUGUGCACAUGAAGUGCGAAGCCACUGGGGAACCUUCCCCCGCAAUCAUAUGGCUGUCCCCACGCAAUGAAAUCAUUACAGCUUCUUCAGGCAGGUACCAGAUCCUGGGAGACGGUACCCUGGUAAUCAGGAAGGUGGGCAUGGGGGACCGGGGGACAUACGCUUGCGUGGCCAGGAACACUGCUGGGGAUGACAUAAAAAAUGUGAAGUUGGAGGUCGAGGGCGAAGAACCCCAGAUUAACGGACGGAAGGGGAGCACUAAUUUAAGGGUGUCAGCAGUGUCUUACCAGACGAAGAUGCUGGACUGCAAGGCAGAUGGCAUGCCAGAGCCCCUGGUCAGCUGGACAACGUCCUAUGGCAUCACACUGCCUACACCUUACCUGGGUGGCAGGUUUCAAGUCCACAGAAAUGGAAGCCUAGAGCUGCGAGGCCUUAGGAGAUCUGAUUCUGGUCAGUUUGUCUGUCUGGCACGCAGCGACUUAGGAGAGGCAAGGCUGGAGGUAGAGCUCGAUGUGGCACCUACUGCAGAAAGGCCCAGCUUCCCUGGGCCUCACACCGAAGCGGUAAUCCUCAAACCAGACGGCAGCGACGUUACCAUGGAAUGUCCUGCGCAAGGCAGACCAGCCCCAGAGCUCACAUGGGCGCUGCCCAACAGCACCAUUCUGGCUCCUGGCACAAGACUCUCACGCUUCCUCCACUAUCCAGGCAACGGGACUCUACGCAUAGUGCAUCCGGCCCCUACUGAUUCAGGGGUUUAUCGCUGCUUAGCAAGAAACAUGGCUGGACAGUCUGAGAAGAGGUAUGUUUUAGAACUGGGAAGAAAGCCCCAGAUCCGAGGAAUAUCAGGAGUGUUCAAGAUUUCAUUUGGACAGAGUAUGAAUCUCCGCUGUCCUGUUGAUGGCUGGCCCCAGCCAACCAUUUCCUGGACUCUGCCCAAUGGUGUGGUUCUGGACAAGCCUCAGGUCAAUGGAAGGAUGACAUAUUUAAUAAACAGUACACUUCAUCUUCGAGACACGGCAACAUUUGACAGAGGCACCUAUGUCUGCAAAGCCACAAAUGCAUUUGGCUCUGCAGCUUUGUCAAUCCCUGUUGUGGUGAUGGUGUAUCCCCCACAUAUAACCAGUUCACCACCAUCCAUCACAAGAGUUAACAGAGGAUCCCCAGUCAAGCUCAGCUGUGUAGCUGCUGGGAUACCCAAACCAGACAUCUCCUGGACUCUGCCAGGGCGCACUACCCUUGUUCCUAGCAGCAGGUUCAGCUUGCAAGGUGGCAUUCACAUGACAGCUGAAGGCAGCCUUAUAAUACAAAACCCAAUGUUAAUGAACUCAGGGAUUUACAAAUGCAAUGCAAGAAAUGCUCUGGGGAUGGAUUUUAAACCAACAUACCUUCAGGUGCUAUGAAUAGUUGCAAAGAAGUACCACAAAGAUGCCCAACUAUCUCAACUCAACUGACACAAUCCUUUUUUUUCUCAGGCUGAAACUUUAUCCCCCUACAAGUGCAAAAAUAUAAAACCCCCUAUAUAAUACAUGAAGCCUGUCAUCAAGUCUCGGGUCUGGGCAACACAAGUAGCUAACAGAAUUCAUGCAACGAACAUUCUGUGAACCUUUUAUUUCCUGAAAGCUAUAUUGGUGUAUGGUGCCAAGAUGCACUGGGGGAAAACACAAUAUUGCAAUUUAAAAAAUGACUAUAUCCAUACCUCUAUGGCUUCUAAAUGACGAACUGGUUUAAUGAACAGGUUCAUUUGUCUGUCUGCCCAUUAUCAGAAAACUGUUUAUUUCUGAAAAAGAUCAGAGUGCUUUGUGAAUGACUGUGGCAGUACAGGGCACUACACAGGACUACAUUGUGCACUGGGCCACCAUUCCAGACCCACACAAGGCCAAGUGAGAGAUACUGACAAGCCCAACCAGCAUCUCUUUGGGUUGUAGAGGUAAAGAAGAGCAUGCAAACUCUAAACAGAUGGUGCUCCAGCCAAGAAACAAACCCAGGGGCCUCAAGCUGUGAGGCAGCAGUGAUGUUAUGUGCUUGUACCACCCUUAACAGAUGCAAUGUUUAUUUAUAUAAAUACUGGUAUGUACAUAUUAAAAUACAUUGUAUGCUUUGUACUAUUUGAAAACAGUAUUUAUGUUGGAUGUUUAUAACAAGCUAUUCUUUCUAAAAAUAUUUUUAAAAAUCUCAACCUAUCUCAGAGGAAUUGGAUUUAACAGUGCAGUUUUCUUCAGUGCUACACACCCCUGCUAUUUGAAAAUGAAUACUAAACCAUCCUGGAUAACGUACCACUUUUUUCACCUGGAGAAUUUAGUAGAAUUUCAGAGCCAUCCUAAAAACUUCAAAAGACUUGGCAAAUGGUAAUUUAAUACCAAUUAUUUCCAUAAUUGACUGAAUUAAGUAAGGGCUCAGGUGGAAUGAGAAUCCAAGGAUUUCAUCCAGCCAUGACGAGGAGGAGUAGUGCUGAAGAAGGCUGUGUGUAGACGAGGCUUUCCUUUGUGCAAGUCUGCUGCACAACAUCAAAGCCACCUUCUGGCUGCAGUCAAGAGAUUUCAACAGGGUGCAUUCCGUGCUGCUGAUGUGUGUGGCACUCUGGAGAGCAGUGGUCUCAAAGACCGUUCCCGGCACACCUCGUUUCCUGCAGAUUUUGUUCCAGUCAACAAUUAACGUUUUUUUUUCCUACCCUUGACUACUAAAACGUUUUCGUUAGAGUCAGUUAACAAAGAAAAAAUCUCAAAGAAGUAUCAUGAUAAUGCUGUUACCAAAAAUACUGAGGUAUGAGAGCUCGGGUGGAACAGCCACCAUAAGACCAAACGCAAAGGGAACCGAGAACCCUGCUGUGUCAAAACACCUUUCAUUUCUUACUGUUAUUCUCUUUGAGACUUUAGCUGUCCUGGAUUUAUUCUAUACCACUCCCUGCACUGUCAAUGGAUAACUUGAUAUGAAGACUGUAGGUCUUUACCAACCAGAACUUCAAUUUUCUUACACAGCUUUGUUCUUUUCAUUGGCUGAAUGCGGGGUCACGCUGAUCUUGUGCACAUUUCCCUAGCUCUUACCUGUUUAUUGAAAUAGAAAACCUUUAUUAUUUUCAGAAAACAAAGAAACAAAGAUGAGAUAAUAAGUAUCCUAUUUUCAAAUAAAAGAUAUUCUUAUAAAGAAUUACUGCUGGGAUUUAAAGGCAUACCACUGAAGGGUGAUACAUCAGAACCCGGGAAACCCCAUGACAGCCAAAUCAAAAGCACAGAUAACUAAUACAGAAAAAACGCCCAAAGGUUAAAAGCUAUAAAGUAUCAGCUAAGCAUUUAGCUUUUCCAGGAGGCUUUAUCCUGCCGACUAACCUACACGGGCACAGCAGCCCCUGUAUCUGGAUCUGGAAGGUAAUCUGAAACCCAUGGAGGAAGCAAGAUCAGUAUUAUUUCAAUAAGCCCUCAAAACCCCAACAUGUGACUUUUGUACACAGGGAAAACUCCUGCAAGUAAAGAAAACUAAAUGUAAGCAAAGUGCUCCAGUAAAAGGCAGGUUGCCAUGAACUGGAAGAUUGCUGUACAGGCAUCCUUAUUUAACUUGUCUGUACCCGAUUUGUUUUCCUUUUUAAGAUUUUUAAUUAUACCACCUAGAUUAAUAACUGACAGGUGAGUUUAAAGGUGGAGUGCUCAUUGCAGAGGCUUUGUUUGUCAAAGCGACUAGAUACUAGAACAGUUUUAAAUUAUAAUUCAGUUAAAGGCUGAAAACAGCUAACAUCAAAACACUGAAAAUCCACUUUAUGUGGCAUCAUCAUACACACAAAAAUUAAACUUAAUUAGUGCUCAAUCAAUCAUACAGAAUGGUCUUUUAGCUUCACAGAACGUCUUCAAACUUCCACCUGAAUCAACAGCCUCAAAGCGACCAGUGAGUCAGUGGUAUUUGGGAUACUUGGAAAGCAAGAUGAAAAACAGUCUUCUUGUUCUUAUUUUAUCCUAAAUUUGGCUUUAUAGAUCCAAUUCUGUACCCAGAGGAGGUUGGAAAUGUUGCUUGGGAGUAACUAAAAAUCUCAAUCGUAUGUUUUAUCCAAAUUAUAAAAAGUGAGUUUAUGCUAUCAAUACCAAUGUGUGUUGUACCAUUUGAGAAAGAAACUGAAAAGGAUUUUUAUCACAGUUGUGUUAAGCCUAACCUUAAUUCACAGAUCGUAUUCCCACAUUUUGUGAAAAAGAAAAAGAAGCUCAGGUUCACCACCCCAGUCUCUUCUCAGCAUGCGCUUUCUAACCUGGGGCCAGUGUAAAUAUCCACCUCUUUCUUUCAAUUCAUGAUUUACCACUUCCCCCAGAAAAAUAAUACCAGGUUAUAAAGUCCUUAUUAUAAAACAGGAAAACCCUGCAGGUCUUUAAUCCAUUAGGUCUGUAACAAAUGCCUAUAUGUUGACUGU